AUGCGGCGGUGGCAGGAGCCGCGGCUACUGUUAUCUCUGUGUCUCUCAGGGGCCCGUGCGAUGUGCACAACGCGGCCGCUGCAUGGACUCGAACAAGUACAAGACGUCCCAACAUCCACCAGCCGCCGCCCACGCGGUCUUCAUCGUGGCCCCGGCAAACGCCAGACCUCCGCCCAAGAGACGCGGCAGUAUCAAUUCAUCAAGCGGUGGGAUCUGCAGAUGCGUGAGGGGUGGGACGAGUUGGAGGCGUUUAAGGGACUGCCAAAGCCAAAGCGGCAGUUCGGGAAUGAGGCGGCGGAGGUGAUUUGGCCCUACGCCCUUCUGCUGGAGCGGGUGGUGAAGGUGCAUCCAUUCACAAAGUCCAUCUACGUCUACUAUGGACAGCGGCAAAGCACACCGCAGGGGAAACUCGCCACCGACACCGCCCGCCGCUUCGCACGGGAGUUUCUCAUUCCCAUCACAUUCCACAACUCGCAUGUCUACGUGGAGACGGAGAUGUUGUUAGAAUAUAAUGAAACCCCAUGGGUGGUGGUGCAUGCACUCGACGGCACGCAGAAACUCGUGCCUGUGCGGCCGGCGGAGGGCGAGGAUGUGGCCGCAGCCGUCACGCGGCUCCUCGGCGAUGUUGUCAGCGCCUGCGACUCUCUUGGCGCCGCCGUGAAGGACCCGAAGGCCGCCACCCGCGCCCUCAACGAGCGGCCGCUGCAACAGCAGUACCUGCGGGUGGACUAUCAGUGGUUCGGCGACACACCAGAGGAGCGGGCACAGCACCUUGUGCAGUGGGAGUUUGAUCCAACAGAGGUGACCCCGCUGUUACGCAACCGCACACGACAUGUGCUCGAUUGGCUUAACUACGACGGCAACUUGCCAAACCACAACUCUGUGCGGGUGAAUGUGUGUAGGGAACGGUCACGGUUGCGGCGGCCACAGACUGUGGGUGGCCCAAGAACGUUCUACAAUUCUGCUGGUAGUCGCGCUAACGCCCGUGCUUCGCGCUUUGGUGGUCAGUCAGCCGUAGGGAAGUGA